AUGAAGUGGGAAAGGAUGGGAGAGAAGAUUGCCGACCAGAUCGGCCGCGACUUUAGCCCUGGCCCUAAACUAUACAACUGGGUCACGGAAGCCGGCUUUCGCAACGUCACCCACAAGCACUAUAAGAUCCCGAUCGGGCCCUGGCCCAAAGAUCCCCACUACAAAGACCUCGGGAUGCUCAACCUGAUGCAGCUGAUGGAUGGUCUCGAGGCGUUCACACUGAGGCCGUUCUGUGGGGUCUUGGGGUGGACGACUGAGGAGGUCCAGGUGCUGCUUGCGCAGGUCCGCAAGGAGCUGAAGUCGGGCGACUUCCACGCUCACCUGAACUACCACGUCGUUUAUGGUCAGAAGGUUGAAAGCGAGAAGGAGGAAUAG